UCCCGACCAGUCGUUGAUCGCACCACAGACAAAAUGGCGAUCAAGCACAACCAGACCAUCGUCAAGAACCACUUCCGCAAGGAUUGGCAGCGUCGGGUUCGAUGCCACUUCGACCAGCCCGGCAAGAAGGCUUCGAGACGCAGCGCCCGCAAGGCUAAGGCUGCUGCCGUUGCCCCUCGUCCCAUCGACAAGCUCCGACCUGUUGUGCGAUGCCCUACCGUCAAGUACAACCGCCGUGUUCGUGCCGGCCGUGGUUUCACCCUGGCUGAGCUGAAGGCCGCCGGUAUCCCUCGCCUGUACGCCCCCACCAUCGGCAUCUCCGUCGACGCCCGCCGCCAGAACCUGUCCGAGGAGUCCCUUGCCGCCAACGUGGAGCGCCUCAAGGCCUACACCGCCCGCCUGAUCCUGUUCCCCAAGAAGAGCAACAAGCCCAAGAAGGGUGACUCCUCCAAGGAGGAUCUCAAGGCCGUCGAGAGCGCUGUUGCCUCCACCGGCGCCGCUUUCCCCAUCGUCCACGCCGACAAGACCAUCAAGACGAUCAAGACCUCCGAGCUGCCCAAGCCUAUCGAGGGCGGUGCUUACCGCAAGCUGCGUGACGAGCGCUCCAACAAGCGCAACGAGGGUGCGCGC